AUGGAUAGCUUCCCCUCGCAGAUCCCCAAGGGUGUGCAGCAGCAGCAGCAGCAGCAGCAGCAGCCACAAGAGCCGCACGCGCUACAGCAGCAGCAGCAGCAGCAGGAGCAGAUUAAAAAGCAUGGGCAGCAGCAGCAGCCACCCUUUCAUGGAAGUUGCCACCACAAUCAGCGGCAAAAGCAGCAGCAUCAGCAGCAGCAGCCCCGGCAGCAGCAGCAGCAGCAGCAGCAGAAGGGAGCAUGUUACGCACCGGCUGCUCGGCAGCAGCAGCAGCUGCAGCACAAGCAGCAGCAGAAAGGCUAUCGUGUAGCUGAAUUCCCUGCUGGUAAAAAUGCGGUGCAUAAGCAAUGCUGCUGCAGCAACUGCAGCAGCAGCAGCAGCAGCAGCAAUAGAAGCCGCUUAUCCAGCUACAGGCGUCAUGUGAAUGCCUUUUCAGGUUGCGACUGCGGUUCUGCAUGCAGCAUCAGCAGCAGCAGCAGCAGCAGCAGCAGCAGCAGGAAGCAUGUGAAUUUGCACACGGUUGACGUCUCAACAGCAUUAUAUGUUUGCUGCUGCAGCUGGGGCAUCUGCUCGCGGUUCGGGGUGUGGGAGUGUCUCCUUUAUUUGCUCAAUGUGCUGCACAACCACUCUGUCAGUCACUGUCUCCUUGCUCUCUCGCUGCUGCAGGCCUUUCGCCUCUGCGAGCUCAGAAGAAAUGCUAUCAUGCGCAGCAGCACCAACAUCAGCAGCAGCAGCAGCAGCAGCAGCAGCAGGGGUAGCAGUAGCGGGAGAGGAGGCAGCAGCAGCAGCAGCAGCAGCAAAGAUGCUCCAAUUCGCACAAUUCAGGAGAAAGACGAGACGACAGGCAGCUGCUGCAACAACGAACAGCAGCAGCAGCUGCAGCAGCAGGUGGACAACGCAGCAGCAGCAGCAGCAGCAGCAGCAGCAGAUGGAGGUGAGGAGAUGACGGAGAUGGCUGCAGGGGAUUUUUUCAGAAGCAAACUGCGCACAUUCAAAGAAGAAUGGCUGCUGCUGCAGCAGCAGCAGGAGCAGCAGGAGCAGCAGGAGCAGCAGCAGGAGCAGCAACAACAGCAGCAGCAGCAACAGCGGCAGCAUCCCAGCCGUGGAAGCGUUAAGCUGACGACCAGGAGCCCUUCCUUGCCUCCUAGAAAGCUCUACAGCAACAGCAGCAGCAGCACCACCACCACUACCGGCAGCAGCAGCAUCAGCAGCAGCAGCAGCAGCAGCAGCAGGGUUGUUUAUACGGAUCCUGUGUGGGUGUCUCUGCCUGAGUGUUGUUUGGCUUGGCUGCUGUUUAUUGCUUUUUUUUUGAGUUUGUCGCAGCUGAACGAUGCCGGCGUCCCUCUGUCUUGUCUAUUAUCUAUCUUACAGCUCGUGCCGCUGCACAAGCAUCUGCAGCAAAGGGUUGUUAACUCUUCUCUUACCCGUGUCUUCAAUGAAGAAUUUUCUCAAGAUUUAGAUUAUCGUCUGCCCGCUUCUUUCGGGGGUUUGUGGCGCUUCGUAGGCAGCAGCAAAGCAGAGGGAUUGCUAAACGCUGAGCACACAGAAACCCUUCUUGCUGCUAAAGCUAGAUACGAGCAGCAGCAGCAGCAGCAGCAGCAGCAGGAGGGGAAGCAGCAGCAGCAGCAGGAACAGCAGGGAACGGGGCAGGUGCAAAGGCUGCUGCUGCUGCAGCAGGAGCAGCAGCAACAGCAGCAACAGUGA